AUGGUAAGCCGGAUUAUGACCUCCAGUGGACCGAAACUCCUGGAGAUGAUCCGGACAUCUUGGAGCCCGGCGACCGGUGAGGGCAAUGCACUGCAGGUGCCAAAGAAAAAGACCCGGCCCAGCAAGAAAUCGGAGAGGAGACAUGGCACGCAACAUCUCAGAUGUGAUGGGAGGCGUGGUCGAGCCCCGGUGUUUCUGGCUCUCCAGAAUCUAAUCCUCGACAGUAUCUCCGGGACCAUGGCCAAAGGGGGUUGCAAACUCUGGGCUCACAGCAAAGCAGUCGGACCGGAUGUGCAUCCAAAGGGUGGCCCUCCAGCACUAAUCGGAGUCUUCGGCCUGUCGCAUGAGCAACUCUUGCAGUCGGAGGGGUCCACGACGACGGAUUGA